ACUUCGUUCCUUAUUUUCCUUCAUUUAUUCUUAGAAGUGCAUUCAAGCGUAACACAUUUCAGUGGAAAUAUCUGAUAAUACUGUUCCUAAACUCUUUUGUAAUCAUGGCUAGUAGCAUUAUGAUGUCAACAUUUUCCCCUGCUAAUCAUUCACUAAGAACAACAGUACUGGUAAAGAAGAUUAGUGGAGACAAUGUGAUUCCUCUCGGCAUGAAAUCAAACACGAAACCGUCUUUUAGGGGGUUGAGGGUUACAGCGAGGACCCAAGCACCUCAAAAGAUCAAUGACUGCGUUCAUCGAGGAAACUUCACAAUUAGAUCGUAUGAGAUUGGCCCUAAUCAAAUGGCAACUAUAGGAACAUUGUUGAAUCAUUUACAGGAAACAGCUGCUAACCAUAUUAGGGAUGUGGGGCUGGUGGGAGAUGGAUUUAAUUCGACGCCGGAGAUGAGUAAAAGAGACCUAAUAUGGGUUGUUGCUAAGAUGCGGGUUGUCGUAGAUCGAUAUCCUUGUUGGGGUGAUGUAGUUGAAGUAGAUACUCGGUUUGGUGGUGCACCUGUGAAGAAUGGUUUCGCUAACCAUUGGCUUCUUCGUGAUGCCGAUACCGGUGAAACUCUCGCUCAAGCUAACAGUGUGUGGAUUAUGAUGAAUAAAAGAACAAGAAAAUUGUCAAAAAUCCCUGAGGAAGUUAGAGAUGAAAUAAUACCUCAUAUGAAGGAUAAUCGUAUCUGUGAUGACAUCAAACUGUCCAAGGUUCAUGACAACGAAGUUGACUCUCUCCAAACUGGUGUAAUUAAUUCUCUUACGCCGAUUUUGAAAAGUCAAGAGCUUUGUGACCUGGCUCUGGGGUUCAGGAGGGAGUGUGGAGUAGGCGAUGAGCUAAAAUCUUUGACAAGAGUUGUUGAAACUGGAGGUGGGUAUACCGAAUGUCAACACAUGCUUCAAUUUGUGAAUAGAAGGGAGGUUAUGAGGACAAGAACCAAAUGGAGGCCAUCGAACACACCAAUGCACUAA